UGUGGGGUUAACAUGAAAAGAACCAUCCCCCAAAACGAUCCCUCGAGCUCAUAACAGCGCAGUCGCUGCCUCCGAUCGAAAGGCGAGAAGGGCGAAAAGAGCACAGGGCACCGUCGUCUCAUGGACGGCAGCUCGCCGGAGCUCUCUCGGCCUCCGGGCUGGGAAGACUUCGUUCCAGAACCUUCUGUUCCUUCUUCUCCUCCUCCCACUAUCCCAGAUUCAGUAAGCUCUGGGAAGCGCAUGAGCAGCUUUGCCGGAACUUCCCCUCCACCUGGCUGGGACAACAUUGGCUGUCAGACUAAUCCUCAUCCAAUUACUGAAAAUCUAGAGAAGAUCAUUGACAGGCCCCUAGAAAUUUCUUUGCCUCCAAGCUUGGAGACCCCUGGCUCUCUGUCUAAUAUUCACCAAGUCUCUGAAAACCUAGAGAAGAUUAUACACGGCCCCCCAGAAACUUCUAUACAAUUACGCUUGGAAACCCCUGACUCAACGCAUAAUCCCCUCCCAUAUUCUGUUAACCUAGAGAAGAGCAUGGCCAGCUUAGCAGAAACUUCCCCUCCACCGGACCAGGAAAAUGGCGGGUCUCAGCUUAAUCCUCUCCCAGGUUCAGUAAACAUAGGAAAGGGUAACUGCAGCUCACCAGCAACUUCUGCACUUCUUGACUCGAAAAGCACCAAUGCUCAGCCUAAUCCUCUCCCAGGUUCUUCAAACCCAGAUACGAGUAUGGGCAGUUCUCCUGAAAUUUCCCCUCCUCCUGGCUGGGAAAAUGGUGUGUCUCAGCCUAGUCCUCUCCCAUGUUCAGUGAAAGUAGAAGAGAGUAACUGCAGCUCCCCGGUAACUUCUCCACCGCCUGGUUUGGAUAUCACCAUCCCUCAGCCUAAACCUCUCCUACGUCCUUCAAACCCAGAUAAGAGUAUGGACAGCUCUCCCGUAACUUCCCCUCCGCCUGGCUGGGAAUCUAGUCAUCUCCCAGGUUCAGUAAAUGUAGAAAAGAGUAACUGCAGCUCCCCCAUCAUUUCUGCACCUCCUGGCUCGGAAAUCACCAACACUCAGCCAAAUCCUCUCCCAGGUUCUUCAAACCCAGAGAAGAGUGCAGGCAGCUCUCUUGAAAUUUCCUCUUUACCAGGCUGGGAAAAUGCCGUGCCCCAAGUUAAUCCUUCCCCAGGCCUGCUAAAGCUAGAGAAGAACAUGGGUAAUUCCCCAGAGAUCAGGGGACCACCUAGCUCGGAAGUGAUUGCUUCGAAGUCUGCUCCUAUUCUUCCAGAAGUGGGUCAGAUGGUAUGUGGAAGUUGUCGUCAGUUGCUUUCAUAUCCUCGAGGAAUCAUGCAUGUUAAAUGUCCAUGCUGCCAGAUAAUUAACUUUGUACUGGAAGAACAUCAAGUUGGUAAUGUAAGGUGCGGGAAAUGCCGAGUGUUGCUGAUGUAUCCUUACGGAGCUCCAUCUGUAAGAUGUUCCUCAUGCCGUUUCGUGACCGAAAUUAGAGCACAUAAUGUCCGUCCACCACUCUCUGUUCAACAGGGCAGAUACGAGCCACCACCUCAGAAUCACGUGCACUAGAAUCGAAUGAGAUAUCAAUUGCUAUGCUAGCAGGGUAAAAAAAUUUUGUUCUUGAAGGGUAGGAUCACUGGAAAAUUUGAGACAAUUUGAUUAGUUCUCCUGGGAUGCGAAUUUGGCAACAGCCGUCAAGAAUUUUGUGGGAAUGAUCGUUGUGUGCACUUAAGGAUGUUGAGUGAAUACAAUCAGCAUAUACUAUGAAGUUGGUUUUACGCGGUCUACAUGUGUGCUUGAAGGGGCUUUUUGUCAAACUCUUUGGAGGACGUGAAAGUGGCCAAACAAGUUACCGGAAACAUCAGAUUCGUGAUGCUCGCUCAUCCAACUAAUUAGCAAUUAUGCUGAACUAUGUAUUUUCUGAUGUAUUAUUUGCUCAUUAUUGUUAGUGUUGGAAGCUUAAAGGAUGUGGAAUUCUAGAAUCAGUAUAUAUAUGUAAAGCUCUGCUUCUAGGACUAAAAGUUUGUUUGGUUUUGUGAUCCAAGAAGAGUCUGUCUUUCCCCACAGUAAAUUAUUGAAGGAAAAAACUUGAAUGUUUUAUCAAUGAUUUUACUGAUUACUGAUAUAUUUGGGGGUUGAAUUAACAUUUUGGCUA